AUGCCUGUUUCGCAAACCAUCGGGGCACCGAUCCCCAACAACACCGAGCACGCCGUGUCUGUGACCCUGCCGACGUGGGAAGCCACCGUCGGCUACGAGGAGGGCCAGGACUGGGUCGUCAACCAGAUGCAUUCGGGCUACCCUCGCUUUUUCGUGCACAAUAAAGUGAAGGAGCUUUCACGGCUGCUGGAGCUCAACUAUGCCAAGGAAAACGAAAAGUCGAUGAUCUUCCCGUCGUACCAGGUCGCCAAGCGGUGCAGGGAGUUCAUCAGGGCGAAGUCUCUGCUGCCCAACUGUCCCGUCCGUAUUCUUCAGCUCAGCACAGAGGCCCCUAAGACGGACGAGGAAAAAUCGUACAAGGUGGAGGCGCAGAUCGCGGUGGUGUUUUUCCCCGGGUCCGAGUUCUCGCUCGCGAAGGCAUACUGGCAGCACGCCGGCGAGGGCGUGUCGUCGCGGCUCGGCGAGUACGUGCUGAACGAGAUGGGCGAGAAGCUGGAGUCGACGGCAGCAAAGGGCCGCCGGCCGUCCUCGGGCAGAAACUCGCGGUCGUCGAUCUCGUCGCUCCAGAACAACCAGGAGUACUCGACGUUUGUGGAGGAGCGGUUUGGCCGGAACCUGGACCUGCGGUUCGCCAAGGAGGCCAAGGCGAUCCUCAGAAACAGAAUCGCGUCGCACAUCUCGCCGGAGCUCGGCGACGACAACGUGUAUCUGUGCUGUUCGGGCAUGAAUGCGAUCUUUCUGGCCCACCAGAUGCUGCUCAAGACGUUGCAGAAAAGAGACCAGAAAUCCGUUUGUUUCGGGUUCCCGUACGUCGACACGCUGAACAUUCUCAAGAAAUGGGGGGCCGGCGUCCACUUCUACGGGUUUGGCGACGACAACUCGCUGGACGCGCUGGAAAAGAGACUGGAAGAAGGCGAGCCUAUUCUGUCGCUGUUCUGCGAGUGUCCGUCUAACCCGCUGCUAAAGACGCCGGACCUGAUCCGGAUCAAGAAGCUGGCCGACAAGUACGACUUUGCGGUCGUUGUGGACGACACCGUGGGCAACAUCACCAACAUCGACGUUAUCAGCCACUGCGACAUCGUCACGUCGUCGCUGACCAAGGUUUUCUCCGGCGACUCCAACGUGAUGGGCGGGUCGCUGGUGCUGAACCCGGCCUCGAGAUACUACAAUAUUUUCAAGGAUUACCUCACCGAGAAUUUCGAGGAUAAUUUGUGGGACCAGGACGCAAUCUACUUGGAGAGAAACUCAAGAGACUUCGAGGCGCGGUCCAAGAAGAUCAACAACAACGCGGUGCAGGUGCUGGAAUUUUUCGAACAAUCGCCGCUGCUCGAGAGAGUGUACUAUCCGUCGACGAUGCCGUCGAAAAAACACUACGACGCGCUGAAAAAACCAGACGGCGGCUACGGAGGACUCAUGUCGAUCGUGUUCAAGGAACAGACCGACGCAGUGUGCUUCUUCAACAACGUCAAGCUGUCCAAGGGACCGUCUCUCGGAACCAACUUCACACUCAUAUGUCCGUACUCGAUCCUCGCCCACUACCAGGAACUGGACGUGAUUGAGCAAUGGGGGGUGGACAGAAACCUCGUGAGACUGAGCAUCGGGCUGGAGCCGACCCAGGAACUGCUUGCCACGCUGAAGGAGGCUCUCGACACUGCCGAAGAGCAGCACCGUGUGUAG